AUGAGCAGCCUCGCCAUAGUGGAGAAGAAGCCGCCGCCGUUCCCCGGCGGCGGCUGCACGGGCGGCGUGCUCUUCCACCUCCUCGACUGGCACCGCCGCCUCGCGCGCAAGCGCAGGCUAUUCUCCCCGCGGCGCCUCCUCCCCUCCUCCCUCUCCCUCCGCUCCUCCUCCUCCCCACGCAGGCUCCCGUGCCCGCCACCUGCUUCCCCGACGCCGCCGCCGCCGCACCCGGCCGAUGAUGGGCCCGCCCCGGGCGUCGUCGCGCGCCUCAUGGGCCUGGACUCCUGGCCCGCCACCACCGCGCCGCCCAGACCGCAGAAGCAGAGGAAGGUGGAGGCGUCGCGCCCGGACGGCGCCGCCGACUCGGCGGUCGAGCUGGUGCUGCCUACGACCCGGAGCCGUCGCCUUCCCGCGCCCGCGCCGACGACGGCCAGGAGCCACCACGGGGCCGACCUGCCGGCGCGGAGCCCGAGGCGGACCCGGCUCGUGCACGCGGCCGCGGCCAAGCUGCUGGACCAAGGCUCACGGGCAAGCGCCAGGGUGGCCCUCGCGUACGCCUGCUCUUCCCCGCAGCACCGCCGCAAGGAUGGCCACGCCGGCGCCUUGCUUCACGGCUCGUCGGGAAUGGCCGACGACUUCCUGUCUCGCUCGGACAGCUUGCCCUUGGAGCGUUCCGCGCGGGUACAGGUACAGCCUCCUGGUCUUCCUGCGGAGACAGAUUGCGACACCGCUGCUGUCUCGCGUAGGCACGACCAUUGCUCCACUAACAAUGCCGAUGCAGCGAUCAGUACCAAUACCAGCAUGGUAGUGUUGCCUAGAAUGGAUUUUGGUGAUGGAAACAGGAGCAAACGGAGCUCUGGUAUGGAUGCCAAGCACAGGGAGAGUAGAGUAAGAAAUGAGGUGAUGCGCACUUGUGCCAGAGUCAGAUCGAGUGCUGCUGCCGUUCAAACUGGAGAUGAGAGGUUGUUGCGCAAACGGGCAACAGCUACUCGUCCGGAGGUUUCUGGGAUUACAGAGUCUGGGGACUUGGCUGGUUCGACGCGCCUAGUUGGACGCGCUCGUGAAUUGGUGUCUGCUACUAGGAAGGUUGCACACGGUGGUUCUGGUCCAAGAAGAGAGCUCGUGGGAUCGAUCAGUGGACAAGGGAGCACGAUCCGCAGGGAUUUGAACAGCCAAAAUGGAUUUGCAGCCACAAGUAGGAUUUCAAGCAAUGGAUCUGCGCAUAAAAGGGGAUCAGGGAGGAAGGUGGGGCAUGAUAGAGCAACUAGUAACAGAGAUGACAGAAAUGCAGUUGCAUUCACUUCUAGAUCAUCUACAAAGUCAGUGGCCAGAGCUUCAUCGCCGAGCAAUCUAUCGAAGAGUGGAUCCCCAAGUAGACUAGCAACUGAUACAACUCGGACACGAGUGCCGGCUCCUGAAAAAGGAUAUAUGGAAGCUUCACCUUCUGUUAUGUCUACUUCUGAGAAAGCUGAAUUUAACAGGCUGUUGGAAGCAAGAAUCAAUGAGCUUGGCAUGCCGGACAGAAUUGAGUGUACACCAGAUGGUUCACCUUCAGCAAAAUUGAAUGCACCUCUGCUGCAAAAGCUCAUUUCUGCCCUUACAAACGACAUGGGCACUUCAGUCUCCCAAUGUAGCAACUACUCUGGUGCAUCAGCACCCUUAAGUUGCAAUGGAAAUGUUGACUGCAUCAAUCGAAAGCGUUUUAUAUUCUCCAAUGAUCAAUCACCCGAUGUUCGGAAAUGCUAUCAGGGUGAACAAGAUGUUGAUUCUUCUGCUACAUCAUUAAACAAUGAGCCUAAUCAGCCAAGUCCAACAUCAGUCCUUGAAGCAUCCUUCUCAAAUGAUACUUCUUUAGGAAGUCCAGUUGAAAAGAAUGAAGGAAAAGACUUUAUUGUGUCAAUUGAGAACAAGAUGGAAGAUCUCUUUAAUUUGGAGUCUGACAUUGUCGAUUUAGCAAUGUCAGUUGACACAAGGAAAACUGAUGCUGAAGAAACACUCCACGGCAAUGACAAGUUACCAUGUUUACAGAAUUUUCUUUCACAUGAUUUUAAUAUCUUAGAAUCCAGGCUCUGCAGCAUUGAAGAAGCUAAAUCAAAUGCUGAACUGCUUUUGGGCAGUAGCCUCUUGCAUAGCACAACAUCAGGUCUUCCACGCCGUCCUUUCAUUGUUGCAAUGCUGGAAAAUACUAUGGAUAUGUUUAGUGGAGGAGAGUAUUCAGAUUUUACUGAAGAUAAGAAGUAUCAACAUACCAACUUCCUAUUUGACUGCAUUAUAGAAUCACUGGAUUCAAAAUUCUGCAAUUUUGGCAAAUGUGGAUACAAGGCUUGGCUGAAGUUGCCUCUCAGUUUGAGCAAAGAUCUGUUGAAGCGCCAGGUAUUGGAAGAUAUCACCAACUGGAGGGAGUCAAGUGGGACUGCUCUUAGACAAGUGUCUGACAAAGAAGUGGACCAAGUGACUGACAGGUGGGAUGCAAGCCAGGUUGAAGCAUUUGAUAUCAGCAUUGCAAUCGAGAACGACAUUCUUGAGGCGCUUGUUUGUGAGUUCGCAGUUGACCUUUGGUGA